CACAUUUUUGGAAAGUUUAAAAAAGGAAUAUAGGUUGAUUUUAACAAAAAUAGUUAUGUCAGAAAUUAAAUGAUUCCUCUUGCUCCUUCCAAAAAUCUCUGUGUAAAUAAAUAGGCAAAUCCUAAGAAAGAGAGUAGGAAUAAAAAAUGCAUUGAGAUACUUUGAAUCAGAUUUUCAUAAAAGAUUGGCACCAGAGCUUAUGUAUGAAUUAAAAAAUUAUGGACAUAAAUAUAUGUAUAGAUUGAUUCCAGAUUAUAAAAUGAAAGCCUAUCUAUAUGAUAAGUAUAAAUCUAAGUAAUCCUAAGAUAUCUAUGCAAAUGUAAAUAAGCUAAGUUAUCAUGCAUAAGAUAAUGAAUAAUCUCAAUCAUGAAGUAGCACAAUUUCCACAUGAAUUAAUUACUUAUGUUGGUA